CCGGUGACGAACGGGGCGGAGGGGGGACCCGGGAUGUGGCAGCCGCAGUCCCGGCCGGGCGGUACCGACAGGCGGCGCCGCGGCGGCGGGGGGGAGGCGGCGAGCUCAGAUGGUCAGGAGCACUUCAUGCCCACAGGCUCUCUUCGUAAAAAGAAGCUGGCAAAAAGACCUGGAUACAUGAGGCCAGAAGCUCAGCGACAGAUAGAUUGUCAGUCCCUGAGUGUCUGCAAACCAUUCAGCCCAGAAGAGCUCAGACAUGGCAAGCAGCACUGUGAACAUGAGAGCUGCUCUCUACAUGGACAAUGCCAAAAUAACCUUGAGUUCUUAUUCUGUAGUUCAGUGAGUAGUUCUGUAGUGCCUGCUAAUGGGGUAACAAUGUCGUCCACUACUGGAAAUAUGCCAGGAUGCCAUGAAAAUCUUUCAUGUUGCAAGAGUUCACUGUCAGACAACACAGCGGUAAUGGGUUACUCUACUGCAGCAACAAGCAAAGGAGAUGUUUCUGCUGUAUGUUAUACACAGCAGAAAAGUGACGGUGCUGAAGUGAGCAAGCCUGCAAACAUGUGUGCUUUGGAUCAGACAGAAGUAAAUAACGACUGUGAAUAUCAAACCAGAGAUGUCAUUUCUCGUUCUGUUGGUGCACGCGAUAGCUAUAGUUCAAGUUUCAGCUUCAUAGAGCUCUCUCUGAACUUGGCAUCUGGAGUAAGAGACACUGAAGGCAAGUCAACCGUUGAGGAAACUGAGUAUGUUCGACAUCCCAGCACUGUGGGAAAUCUGCAGAAGCCGGAAGAGAUGAUGCACGCUCAUGAGCACGUGGGAGCUUUACAUUGCUUCUCCAGGCCCUGUGAGGAUUUGGAAUAUGAAAAUGAGACCACAGUGAAUGAUAAACUGCAGGACUGUGAGACUGUCUCUCUCUCUGAUACAGAUGCAACUUAUUCGUAUUCUACAGAUUCCUCGGAUGCAGCAUCUGCUGGCUCUUCUGUUACCUCAGGCUAUGAAAGUAGUUUUACUGUUAGUGACCAUAGCUGGGAUACUUUGAUAAAAAAAUAUGAACCAGUGCUACAGGACUGCCUGCUUGGCAACCGUAGUACAUUAAAGAUAAAAUCAUUGAUCUUACGGCUUCAGAGGCUUCAGGAAAAAGCAGUAGAGGAGGAUGACUAUGACAGAGCCGAUAAAUUUAGACGGAAACUGGAAGAACUGGAGAAAGAGAAAAGUUCUUUAAAAUUUCAGCUUCCUUCAAGGCAUCCUUCAGUUAGCAGUUUUUUGGAUCGGUUUGUUACCCAGGUUCAAGCAGCAUUGCGCUGGGCUGCUGAUGAUCGGGUUAGAAAUGAAGAAACACAACUUUUGCAUGAAAAUGAACAUAAACUUUUGAGAUCCACUUAUCAGGAGAGGAUGCAGGUUUCAGCCACAAAACGAAACCAACUUUUUCAAGAAAAGAAAUGGUUACAGAAAGAAAUUGAAGACCUCCGAGCAAGACUGGCCAUAUUGGAAGCAAAAGAUCAACAGCUAAGAAGAGAAAUUGAAGAACAAGAUAGGCUUAUUCAGUCACAGGACUGUGAACUGACUGCUCUACUUGGCUGUGUUUCUUUGAGAGAACUACAAGAAAUAAGCAAGGCUGUGGAUGACACUUUAGCAUUGUCCUAUCAAAUUCCAUUCAGUCUGGAUCUUCCAGGGACAAUAAAGAGCCUUCAGGAAAAAGAACAAUCAUUCAGCAUGUCCAUUAAAGAAACUACUGCCAAAGUUUGCACGAGUCAGAAACUCUGCAGUACUUUGAGGAGGAAAGUGAGUGAUAUUGAGACUCAACUACCAGCUCUACUUGAAGCCAAAAUGCUGGCUGUUUCAGGAAGUAAUUUUGGUACUGCAAAGGACCUAGCAGAAGAAAUAAGAUCAUUAACAUCAGAGAAGGAGGGGCUGGAAGGACUUCUCAAUGAACUGUUGGGUCUGAGUGCCAGAAAUGUCCGAAAACUAGAGAGAAUCAAAUAUGAUUACACCAGAGUGAAACAAGAACUUGAACAAGGAGAGACUGCCUUUGUCACGAGUGUAAAAGAAAAUGCUGAAAAGUAUAUGGAGGUACUGGAGGAUAAACUGCAUAGCUGCGGGAGCCAGCUGCUCCAAAGAGUGUGGGAAGCUGACUUGGAGGCCUGUCAGCUGUUGAUCCGAGGGUUUCAACUGAAAGAAACGAGUUGCUGUGGUUUUGAGCAAGAGGAGAACCAAAUGGAUGAGAUGGAGAUGACUGCUGAUAGCCAAUCUGAUUCUGAGAAAAGAAAAGAAGGUCACUUUCCAAAGGGCAUAGAGUGGGGCACUGUUCCCUGUCCCAAACACAGCGAGCGAGAAGAGGUUACAGAAGACAUUUCAUUUGGAGCAGGGGGUUGUUUAUCUGAGGAGUUCUUCAUGUUUUCUGCAGAGUUGGGAGAAAAAUGUGAAGCAAUAAGUGAGAAAUUGGUGCAUCUGGAAGAUCAAUUGCAAAGUUCUGCCUGCAGAGUUGAUGAAGGAGUUAUUCAUAUCCUUUUUGAUACAGCUACAGCUUGCACAGUCUCUGCAGAGGGAGAUCCAGGUGGUGAAGGAGACACUCCAGACCAUGCUCAAGCAACUUCAGCCAGCAAGGGAGGCAGAAGAAAAGGCUGGAGACUUCCUCUGUGACAGCUGGUGUCCAGGAAAACAAGACUUGAAGGAAUAAUGAGCAGAAAGAGCUGGUAGGAUGACAUUAAUUCACAAAGGGCUGCUUUUAGUAACUGAAUACUGUUUUACCAAGCCUCAGGGAUCUCUUCUCUCCCUGCAUAACUAAUAACUAAAUCAAUUAUGGAGCAACAGAGCCUGGAGGUCUAUCAUCAGAAGUAUGCUACACAGCCUCACAUGUUCUGGCACAGAUUGGGAAACAGCUUUCAGAGCAGAGCAGCCCUUGUAAAUGUGUAGAUUACAAAUUGAUACAUUUCAAGUGAGUCUGCAAAGUUGCCUUUAAUGUCAGUGCAAUGUUCUCCUUGAAGACUCAUAAACAGUAUCUGUCUUCCUUACUCAUGGAUUUUUUUUCCUCCUGAUUUAAAAAUGUAGCAUUAAAGCUGGAACAUCUAGUAUUUCUUGAAAACUAGCUGUAAGAACAACUUUUUCCCUCCUCUUUCUUUGGCUUUAACAGCUUUCUUACACUGAAUGCAUUUUCACAUUCCUGCAAUAAUUAAAUCAAUAGGAUGUAAUUCAAGCUAACAGAGUUCUUUCAACUGAAAUUUGGACCUCAUUUACUCUGUAGCAUUGAGUACAGUGGAGGUAACUAACAGCAGCCCCUAUAGUAGUAGCUUAACUCACUUCAUUUAUGUAUUAAUAUAAACAUGCUUUAGUAUUACAGGGGUUGUAAAGAACAAAGCAUUAUUAUGUUGGUAAUUUGUCUUCCUUAAAUACUGUAUGAAUGAUAGGUCAUUAUGUCUCCUUGUAAAGAUUAUUACUACUAUUAUGUUAGUUUGAUCUUCCUUAUAAACUUCAGCAGGAAUGCAGAUUUUUUUUUUUUUUUGCAAUAGGCAGGUAUAUGUAUAUAUACAUAAACAUGUAUUUUUAUAGGAAAUAAAACCAAUGCUCAACUGAAGCCAACUAAUAUAAAUGAUCUAUACUUAAAUCAUUGUUCAAAACAGUUAAUGCCUUUAGGAAUUCAUCAUGUACUCUUACUUGGGUAUCAGUAUAUCUCUGAUGUCACAAAAAAUUCUGCUUCUACUGUUUGUUGCAGGGGGAGAAUUUAAAAAAAAAAUCUGGUGGGUGUUUUUUUCUUUUUUUAAGCCAAUAGAUGAAGAAAAUGUCUUGCAGCUCAGUCCUGUGCUUUUUAUACUAUUCUUCUGACAUUUUUAGAAUUACUUUUUUCUGCUAUUUCAAUUACUCAUUUUACAGCCACAUUGUGAAGGUUUUUGCAAAUUCUGAAGGUCAUUGGACUACUAAGCCCACUAAGAUUGUGUUCAAUUUCUUUGUGAGUUUUAAUACUAGUUGAAACUUCUACCUCAAUGUUAAGGAUAGAAGGGAAAAAAGUGCCAGGCAGCCAAGACAUACAACAGGGUUAUAAUUGCAUCCAGGAGCAUACAGUUGGCAAAGCAAGGCUCAGAUGGUUUCUGUAGUCAUCAGAUCCUCAGGGUGGAAUUACAACCCUGUAAUUCAGAACAUGGUUGACUUUUCUCUUUGUGCAAUACAUGAGCCAGCAUCCUUGUUGUGGUAAAGACUCUUGGAUCUUCACCUUGUCUGGACUCUGCCACUCAAUUCCCAUCCCCAGUCUCAAAUGGAGAUCUCUUGCUGCUCCUCCCUUUGACCAGUUGCUUUCUCCAAGCUUUUCUGGACAGUCCCUGUUCAAUACCUACCUCCCCAUAGAAGAUUUGGCACUUUCUGAAAUGCACCCAGACAGAAAAACAAGGCAUUUGUCUCCAGCUCAAGGUAGCCCAAUAAGCACAGAUAGCAGCCUCUGGCACUGAUGUUCACCCCAUGCACAGGACCAGCUCCCCUGGGGAAACCCUGGCUGCCAGGAAGCACCUAUGGAAACCCACCUCAGUACAGCUAAACAGCAAAGAAAGCACACUGGCAAGAUGAAUCUCUUACAGCUGUUUCCUUAAGACCUGUAGAACCUCCUCGUGGGUUAACACCACAGAGGGCCCAGGUACUGAGUUUCCAGCUAUGAGCUUUUAUAUAGGAUGAUGAUGACAUGAUGGCCAGUACAACCGAGGUUGCAUGACCCUCCUCUCCCAUACACCAAGGGGUGUGUGGAGUUUUGUCCUUUGAAUAAGCAGUGCCUGCAAUGUAAGCAGUUGGCAGGGCCUGUAAGUAAGUGCGUGCCUUAGAGCCAGCAAAGCAUGAAGUCUGCCUCCUUGCUCAACAGCCAUCACAGGGGCAGGACAACAGCACCCUUAUUCUCACUGCCUGUUUCUUGAAGACAUUCCCACUCAAUUAAAAAGCCUGUGUGGCUUUUGUGUUUCACAGCUUCAGAGCAUUGCUGCAUUUUAAUAAAAACUCAACUUACUUAUGUAACCACUUUAAUAAGACACUGAACUCCUGAGGAGAAGGAAAACCGAAUCAGUCAUCAUUCAUGUCAUAUUUGUCUCUGUUAACAUUUAUUUUAUACAUAAUGUGGACUACUACUACUUUAAUUUAUUAUUCCAUUAACUUCACUGUUUGUUGUGGGAAGUUAGAGCCAGUAAUCAUCCUUUUUCUCAGACAUGCUGAAUAAUAAGCAUACUUAAAAAAAAAAAGUAUACUAUGCCAUGUAUUAGCUGCCUUUUAUUGGUGGGUAGAAAACUUUCAAAUAAAGAGAAGAAUGUUUUUAAC